ACAGGUUUGUGAAGCUUCAUUAUGAUAGUGAGUGUAAAUAACAGAAGGCUGAGGCCGGGGUGCUGGGGAACCUUGCAGUGCUGGGAUUCCCGUUGACACCCCGACGGAGCUUGGCUGCAGAGCCCCGAAGUCCCGCACUUCCGCCCGCCAGGUGGCGCUGGUUCUGACGCCGACUCCCGGAGAGACUAAGGCCGGCCACUCAAGAUGGCGCCGUCCGCGUUGCUGCGUCCCCUCUCCCGGCUGCUGGCCCCCGCCAGGCUCCCGAGCCGCUCUUCAGCGCGGUCGAAAUUCUACGCGCGAGACCCUCCGAAUGCCAAACCUGACUGGCUGAAAGUUGUGUUGUCCGUGGGCACCAGCAUCUUCUUGUGGGUCUAUCUCAUCAGAAAACAUAAUGAAUAUAUUUUAGAGUACAAAAGAAGAAAUGAACUGGAAUAAACUUGAAAUA